AUGUACCUCAACUUGACAUCACAUUUGUAUGCUAUUAUUUCAGAAGACCGUCCAAGUUAUGCACAGAUUGCAGAGUGGAGAAAGAUUCUUGCUCGGCUGUCAGAGUUCCUGAAAAGUGUUGACUAUCUGUUACUGGAGUUGCUAAGAAGACUUGUCAAAACUGCCGUGAAAGAACUCCUCAACUUCCUGAUAGCUUCUUUUAAUGUAGGAGUGGAGGAGGAAGAUGAAGAAGAUGAUGAUGAUGAAGAUGAAGACAAUUCCUCCACAGAAGGCUCUCCCCUGCCUCCAAGGAAAACUGGGGGAGGUUUCAGGAGAGGGUUCAAUUUGAGACAGGACACUCCAGAUUCCCAAAGAACUGGCACCCCUGCCAGUAUGAAACACAGAGGGAAGGAGCGUCAGGGGAUAAUGGAGACGACCUAUGAUAUUCCCAAGUUUGACUUUGACAAGCAGCCAGAAGAAACCAAAACACUGAAUGCUGAUGAUGUGAUGGAGGAGAUAAAGAAGAACCAGGAAGUAGACGAGGAAGUUCCAGACCCAGUGAUAUCGGUCCAGCUGGUACUUAAUGUGCCAGACAACCUCCCCAAGUCCCAGCCUAAGUCCAGGGAAGGCAAGCGGAGUGGGAGAGAUAACAGGCCCUUUACAUCAGAAACUGGGAAGAAGAUUGUUACCUUUCCUGAUGAACCUGAUUUCUCAGGGAGUGAGUCUGGCUAUAGUGAUGAGGAAGAAGAAGAGGCGGAGGAGGACUCGGAGUUUAACAGGUUCAAGUUUGCCUACCCCUUAGACGAGGAGGAUGGAUUAGGUGCUGGUGCAGAGGCGGCAUUGGUAGACAACCAGACCAAGGAAGUCCCUAAGAACAGAGCUCACUGCACCCUUUCUCCUAAUGAGUAUGAGAUCAAGAGAGCCAUGAGGGGGAUUAUUACUGGGUUUGAAUACACAGUUGCUCAAGUUGGCUCCAUGCUGCGGGAACCCAGACUGGCCGUGUUCUACUCUCCUCCUAAACACGAUCUGAAACUGAACUAUGAUGAGGAGAGGGAAGAAGAGGACAGAGAGAAACAGAAACCCUGGCCAGACACUGCCUUCAUAUUUGGUGAGGACCCAGAGUAUAUGGGGCUGAUAGACGAACUCAUGAAUUAUGUAACACAGGCGGCGGAGCAGGUGGCAGAUUUCUCUGAGAACUAUGACAAGUACUGCCUGAUGGUGGAGCAGGCCAGAAGGAUGGAUGUGGAGGGGUCCAUGGCCAAGAAACAGUGGUCAACAGAUGAAUUCCAACAUGUUCUCUCCAUACAUACUGACCAGGUACGUGAGAUGAAGAACAUGGUCCUCAGUAAGAGACUGGGCAUGAUCCUGCUGAUGGCAGAGAAGUUUAGCGAGGCUUGUAUGCCCUAUCCCACCAAUGUCCUGAAUAUAAUCCACAAGAAACUGCCUGUGGUGGCCAACAAGAGGAAUGAGGACCUUAUUAAUAUUAUCAAGGGAGCCCUGAAGAAACUGGACCACUUCCCAUCCUCAGUGGAGGAGUUUGUGGAGCACCUGUCAUUCCUGGGUCGCAUGUCCUCAGAGUUACCUGUCCUGGACAAAGAGUUUGCCAUUGUCACCAAGAUGUUCUCUAUAGCCAAGGACUUUGACGUGGCUAUCCCAGCUGAGGAGUUUGCGUUGUAUCAGACCCUGGCUCCGAGCUUUCAGCAUCUGAAGUCCACUGUCCUAUUCUGUGAAGCCAAGAAGGAAGAAAACAUCCGCAAGUUCAGCACAGACUUGGACAGCCUGGUUAACGACAUACGCUUCACCAUCAUGGAGAUCAAGAACAAGGUGCGAGAUCCGGCGCUCCUCCACGCAGACACCAUCCCCCUGGCAGCCCUGGAGAACAUUAAGUACCUCCAGGACCAGGUGCAGACACUGGCCUCCAAGGCACGCAGCUACGGCAGCUACCAGGAUAGAUUUGGAAGUUCUCUGUCACAGUCCAAGAAGUUUUCUGAGGAGUAUCUUCUAAUGGACAGAAGAGAUGAUGCUGCCAAGGCUCAGGCAGUGCAGCAUGAACUGUCUGAGAUAGAGCGUGACUUAACUCUGCGACGGCUGCUCUGGGAGUCCAGUGAGGAGCUGACCAGACUAAUGGAGGAGUGGACGUCCACUCCCUUUGAUAAACUGAAUGUGGAGAGCCUGCAGAAACACACCAAUAGGUUUACACAGACGGUGUUUAUGCUAGAGAAAGGUCUUCCUCAUAAUGAGGUCUUGCCUAAGCUUAAGGAGCGUGUGUUAGACUUUAAGCAAGGUAUGCCAGUCAUCACGAGUCUCCGUAACCCUGCUCUCCGCGCGCGUCACUGGUCAGUCAUCGAGGGCCUCAUUGGGAAGACGAUCAUGAAAGAAAAGAACUUCACUCUGGGAAACCUUCUGGAUAUGAAUAUAUUCAAGCACAAGGACAAGAUUCAGGACAUCUCGACCACGGCCAGUAAUGAACACACCCUGGAGAUUAUGCUGAACAAGAGAGUUGCNUCUCUACACCUGACAUACAGAGGUAAGAUAUUCUCUACACCUGACAUACAGAGACAAUUACCUAAUGAGGCCAAGUUAUUCAGCCAGGUUGACAAGACAUGGAAGGACAUCAUGAGGCGUACGGAGGACAGACCUAAUGCACUGAAGGCUGCCACUGCCACAGGAACCUUGGAGGCGCUACAGUCUGCCAACGCCAACCUGGAGAAGAUACACAAAUGUUUGGAGGAUUAUUUGGAGACAAAGAGACUCGUGUUUCCAAGAUUCUACUUCCUCAGUAACGAUGAUCUGUUGGACAUAUUGGCUCAGUCCAGGAACCCAGAUGCUGUACAGCCCCACCUUGGGAAAUGUUUUGGUAACAUCAAAGCUCUGGAGAUCAAGACGUUGCCACGGCAACCACCCACAGUGAAGUGUAUGAUUUCAGCAGAAGGAGAGAUAGUGCAGAUGCCAAAGAACGUGAGGGCGCGUGGUCCCGUGGAAACAUGGCUGGGAGGAGUGGAGAUGGGCAUGUUUGACACUGUCAAAAAACACCUGAAGAUGGGGCUGUCAGACUGGGUGGGGAUCAAGCUACAGGACUGGGUGCUGAAACACCCGGGACAGGUGGUCCUCACAGUGGCACAGAUCAUGUUCAACAAAGAUGUCCUGAACUGUUUUGCCACCUACGAGCCGAGGAAGGCCAUGAUGUCUAUACAGGACAAUCUGGUGGAGACGCUGAACGUCCUGGCCGGACUGGUGUCCACCAAUCUGGCGUCACAUAAGAGACUCAGCAUAGAGGCUCUGCUCAUCAUCACUGUACACAACAGAGACAUCGUGGCGGACAUGAUUGAUAAUAAAGUCACCAAGAAAGACGACUUUGAGUGGAUGAAACAACUGCGUUAUCAGUGGGAUGAACAGACUAAUAACUGUCAUGUCCUACAGUCUAACGCUUCCUUCAUCUAUGGCUACGAGUAUCUGGGCUGUUCUCCCAGGUUGGUCAUCACCCCUCUGACAGAUAGGUGCUACCUCACACUGACAGGCGCGCUCCAUCUGCACCUGGGAGGCUCCCCUGCUGGGCCAGCAGGAACAGGGAAGACGGAGACUGUUAAAGAUUUGGCUAAGGCCAUGGGCAAGCAGUGUGUAGUGUUCAACUGUUCAGAAGGCCUUGACUUCAAAAUGCUGGGGAAGUUCUUCUCUGGCAGUUCUCAGUCUGGCAGCUGGUCGUGUUUUGAUGAGUUUAACAGGAUAGACGUAGAAGUGCUGUCAGUGGUUGCACAGCAACUGCUCACCAUCAAGGCGGCCAAAGACACUGGGGCACCCAAGUUUGUAUUUGAAGGCAGAGACAUAAAACUAAACAUGACAUGUGGAAUCUUUAUCACUAUGAAUCCUAGUUACGCAGGGCGAGUGGAGCUCCCAGACAACCUGAAGUACCUGUUCCGCUCUGUCGCCAUGAUGGUGCCAGACUACACCCAGAUUGCGGAGAUCAUGUUGUUCUCAGAGGGGUUCACGGCUGCCAAGUCACUGUCAGGGAAGAUUGUGAAUCUGUAUCAGCUGGCCAGCAAACAGCUCUCGCAGCAGGACCAUUAUGAUUUUGGUAUGAGAGCCAUCAAGUCAGUGCUGGUGAUGUCUGGACAGAGGAAGAGACAGGCACAACUCAGCUCUGAUGGUAGAGUGAAGAGUAUGACGGAGAAAGAAGAGUCCUACAUCUUGAUCCACUCCUUGAGAGACGCCAACCUGCCUAAGUUCCUGGCAGAAGAUGUGCCAUUGUUUGAGAGCAUCCUGGCAGACUUGUUCCCAGGAAUUAUACCUCCUGAGCAGGACCAGGGGAUCUUAGAGAAAGCCAUCUCCAUGUCUAUCAGAGACCAGGGUCUCCAACACUGGUUUAGUCAGAUAGAGAAAGUGAAGCAGCUCUACAGCCAGAUCUUGGUGCGCCACGGGGUCAUGUUAGUGGGCCCCACGGGGGGUGGGAAGUCUACCGCCAGGAGUAUCUUACACAGGGCUCUGGUCCUGCUACCCUCUAUCUCUACUGAUGUGGCUGCAGAGGAUGGGUUGAUGGACUCACCUCUCAGGAAACCUGGGAUGUUUGUGCACAAUCGGUCUAAGAAAGGCCGUGUGGAAAUCUUCACCAUCAACCCAAAGUGUGUGAAGCUGGGAGAGCUGUACGGUGAGACUGACCCCAACACAUUCGAGUGGACUGAUGGCCUGAUAGCUCACGCUGUGAGGAGGUUUGCCCGAGAGGUCGCCAGUACUCCCACGGAGGACCGUCCGUCCACGGCGGCCACCGCUUUGACCAGUGCCACUGGACUUACUGGGGCCACAGAUGUGGGGCUAUAUAGUGUUGACCUGGAGACCUCCCCUGGGCCCAUUGUAUGA